AUGGCGAGCGAGCCCGGCCGCGUGCCGCACUUGGCGCAGGCUAGACUUUCCGCAGCGUGGCGCGGGCACGCAAUACGCAGGGCGACACUGACGCAGGUCGCUGCGCUCGUCGCAAAGCCUUCUCUGCAGGUCUCCCGUCAGGUGCAACGGGCCGCGCUGCCUCGCGACCAUGAAGGCAAGCUGCUCCCUCUGUCAUGUUCGAUCGACUGCUUCAAGGUCUUCGGCUCCGGGGUGUACAGUUACAUGGAGUGGCAGCGGUUCAUGUUUGUCACCUUCUCUCUCGCCUUUGCUGUUGUGCUUCCGAGCAUGGUCUCCAAUGUCAGCGGCUCGAACCUGGAGAAUGCAUCUUGGCUGACAAAAGGGUCCUUGGGCGAUGUCAAGGCGGCUGCCAUCAACGCAAGCUACGGCGCCGUCGAGCUCAUCGUUUUGAGCAUAUUCGUUAUAUCGCUCUUCCGUGGCCGAGACAUCAUUGCUGCUGCAAAGGACCAGGUCGACCACUACGACCCAGAGGAGGCGCCCGAGGAGACGACGGUGUGGCUGCGCGGUUUGCCGCCGAGAAUCCAAGCAGCGGUGUUGCAAUCGCAGCUGGAGUGCUUUGGCGAGUGCACCCAGGUCGUGCUCGCGCGCAAGGACGGGGUUUUGCUCAAGCGUCUCUCGGCACGGCAACACCUACUGGAGAAUCUGCAGCACCUGACCGCGCUGCUAUACCUCUCGCGGCAGGCUGAACGAUGCCGCCAAGGCUCAGCCCGGCGAGAGCUACUUCGGCCGGUGCUUGAGCUCCUCGACCGAGUAGGGCAAACGGCUUCAGCGGAUGACUUGCUGGCAAAGGAGGAGGAGGCGCGCCGUGAGCUCGCGGAGCACGACUCAAUCACUGCUCGUCUCUCUCGCCAGGCAUACGAUGGGACUGGCGAUGCUUUCGCCACCUUCUCCAAGGCGGAGCAGGCCCGCCGGUGCAUCGAAGCGAUCGCUAUAUCGAGCCGCCCCCACCGUCGCGCCCGAGUGCCACGCAAAGCAAAGGUCGGCAUCGAGGCUCCCGUGCCGUCGCUGCCGACGCUUCCCUCAGGCGUGACAGCCCAGCGCGCACCUGCACCGUCAGACAUUUUGUGGGAAGGGUUGGCUACCCCCGCGCGCGAGCGCCUCUGGCGACAAGUGGUCUCCACGACGAUCACGAUGCUGAUUGCCGGCACCGGCACCGCCAUCAUCGCCUUUAUCACGUGGGCCAACGACAAGAAUGGAGGCCUGCUCAGCGACGCGCUUCCCCGAGAUCGUGGCGGCUUUAGCGGCUUGAUCAUGGACCUGCUGGCGGUGCUCCUGUUGCAGGCGCUGCCCUGUAUAUUCGGGAAUCUCAUCUUGUUCGCGUCGACCCCCGUCCUUGCUGACGUCCUUGAGCGCCACCCGACCUACUCUGAUCGCGAGGCAUCCGUGUUCGCGAAGCUGCUCUUCUUCCAGGUCGUCAAUACCGUCGCGUCGGCGAUGAUAUUCCUGUCAGUCACGGGUGGAAUCUUUGGGCGUUCUUGGUACAGCCUCGGAGGGGCGACCGUCGCGACAGUGAUGGGCCCCCUUGGCGAUGCGCUUGUUAUUCCGACCCUGCUUGACUGGAUCUCCCUAAACACUCCGAUCCGGCGGUACCUCCUCGCGCCACGCCAAAAGACGCAGCAACGGAUGGACCGCCUGUUUAUCAAGGACUCGGACCUCUACCUUGCGUUCCGCAUCCAGCUCGCUGGGAAGUUUGUGGUCGUAUGCCUCGUGUUUGGAUCUGCUCUCCCCAUCCUCUACCUCUUCGGCGCUCUCUUCUUCUCAUACGGUAUGCUCAUUGAUCGGCACAAUCUUCUGAGGAAUCAGUGCCCUCCACCCCGCACCUUUCCGAAGCUGACCUGGAGAGCUCAUACGACUGUCUUCCCGCUCGCCAUCGUCGGCCACGUCUGCAUGACACCAAUAUUCUUUCACCACCUUGCUCUCAGCGACGCCCGUGAGCUACUUUCUCUUCCUCCACCGUCGAGCUCUAUCCCCGUACACGCCCCCGCACCGCCCCCGCCGGUGCUCGCGACGGACAACUUCUCCACUGCCGUGAUCUUUUCCAUCGUCCUGGCCGUCGUUGCUGCCCUUGUCAUUCUCGUCUACCGCUUCGGGAGAACUCAUCUCCACCUGGAUGAGUCGACGGUGCAGAGAGCAGUCGACGUGGCAGAGGAUGCUGUCGAGCAGACAAUCAAGCGCGCGGCAAGCGGUGCCCAGUCGCUCUUUGACCGUGCGCCGCUGCUAGCGUAG